CUCGGCUCAUCUCGGUUUGCCGUUCAUCAGUCGCGUGCUAUCGAUGCUCGAUCGCGAACCGAUAUUCGCCAGUGUGCAAGGAUUCGCGCCUCAUUGAAGUUUGAACGUCCAACCAUCCUCGUUGCUCUCGAGAUGAAGAGGUGCUUCCUUGUCCAAGUCGUCGUCGUUGUUGCGAUAUUUCAUCGUACGAUUGCCGAGCAAAUCGAUCCACCGAUUCCUUGUACGAGUCCUGAAAAUUCAUGCCCGGAGUUGUCGAGUACACCGACCAAGGACGUGUUCUGCCAGUACGGAUUUUGCAUGUGCAAGAACGGCACGGAAAUCCGAUAUUGUUCCAGUAGGAAAAUUCUACAACAGGACAACAGAAACACAGGGCCGUUAGGGUCGUCCUUUUCCCGUGUUUGCAAAGUCAAUCAGGAUUGCAAGUUUGUCAAUUCUUUUUGCAACACGACGAUUAAUUGGUGCGAAUGCCAGAAAGGUUACGUUUUCUCGAGCAAUAAGAAACUCUGUUUAAAAAAGGCCGAAGCAAUCGAUUUCCCAUGCGUCGACGAGACGCAAUGCUUGGCUUAUCUGCCGAAUACCACGUGUCAGAGUAACGGCCAAUGCAACUGUAUAUCUGGUUAUCAUUACGCGCGAGAUGCUUGCUAUAAAACUGUCGGUUUCGGAAUGUUGUGUUCGAAAUCCGAAGAGUGCUCUCUCGUCGAAGGUGCAACCUGCACCGAUACAAAAGUGUGUGGAUGUCCCGCGGAGACUGUGAUCGAUGCCGCGGAGAAUAGAUGCUUGCCAGUCGCUCGGGAAAUUGGAGAAAAAUGCGUGGAAGACGUACAGUGUAACGUGACAUUUGGAAAUGUCGUCUGCGUCGCGGAAAGCUGUAGCUGCCAAAAUGGUUACCACUUUGAAUUCGAGAUUAAUCGGUGCUUGUUCGACAGAGCUUUGGAGGAAAAUUGUGGAAACACGUACGACUGUUAUCAAUCCGAAGACGAAAAUGUGACCACCAAAGCAGUCGAGUGCGUGGAAAACACAUGCGUAUGCGCCAAAGACUUUUACAGAGAGGGUAACAGAUGUAUCAAUAACGAAGGUGCGUCUUUCUUGGGAUCCUUUCUAUUGCUUUUCCUUGUAACCUUGAGAACGCGGCAGAGCGUAAAGGAACGUUUAGUUGGAAGAGCUGCUCGAACCAUUGUCCUCGAGAUUGGGAAUGACGGCAACUGUUAUCGAGCUGAUGGAACCAAGACAACAAGACGUUCCAGCGACGGCACGAGGAUGACGCCGACCAGGACGGUGGCUGGGCUAUCGAGGCUCCUCGUCCUCGUGCCCGUCACCGUCUGCGCGACCAUUUCCUACGUCAAUCAAGAAUCGUCGCGAUGCAACGACCGAACACCACCCCCUCACACCCUGGAAAGUUGCCAUUACGACGACGACUGCAUAGAGAACGCGUAUUGCUGGAAUCAAGAAGCUUGUUUGUGCAAAGAUGAUUACAUCGUCUACAAGAAUCGGACGCACGUAAAGUGUUUAAAAGUGGCAACCGCUAUCGGAGACCCAUGCGAGGCGGACAUUCAGUGUCGCAUCACCUUUGCUACCUAUUCCGAGUGUCAACAAAGUAUCUGUCAGUGCUCUGAUGGCUCUUAUUAUUUCGAGGGAAGAUGCUACGAAUCUAUCGGUUUAGGAAAAGCUUGUCAAUCGCAUCGAAAUUGUUACAUCAAAGAUAGUUACUGCGUGACAGGAUUUUGCGAGUGUACCUUGAAUUAUCAUCCGAAUCCUCGUAACGAUGGCUGCAUACCGAAUGUGGAGCUGGGCGACAAGUGCUCCAAGGAUUACGAAUGCGUCGUGGAGAAUUCGAUUUGCAGGAACGUUUGCUCGUGCAGAAUGAAUCACGUGGUAUCGAACGACGGUAAGCGGUGUCUGAGAGCUGCCAAUUCCGUUGGAGAACCGUGUCAAGAGGAUUCUCAAUGCCGGUUAUUCCUGAAAGACUCAAUCUGCGGGUCUAACGGUGAAUGCAUUUGCGCGGACAAGUUUCAUCGGAGCGGUUCCGAGUGUUUAAAGGACGUUGCGUUGAACGAACGAUGCGAAAGCCACAGAGAGUGCGUGACCGAUAGACACAGAGAUUCGCAUUCUAUCCAAGUGACGAACGUCGAAUGCCUAGACGACGUCUGCGUCUGCGCCAAAGAUUAUAUUAUCACGGAAGAGUUACGCGAUUGCAUUCCAUACGUGGACAGUGGUGGGGCUUCGGUAUCAACAACGCCUUGGAAGGGAAUUACUCGAGUUUUCUUCUUGGCGCUUCUUACAAGAAUUUCGAUGUUUUGAAUGUCGUCCUACACCACGACCACGAUGCGAUUCUUACUGAACCGUAACAAUAUUCUAUACAGCUAUACACCAAGUUCGAUUCGUUGUAAAUAUCUUUUAUGUUGUAUCAGCGCGAGCAUUGGGAUCGCUGCGAUCGAGACGGCCGUGCCGCGGCCGAACCGCUACCAAAGAGUUGGUUAUUUCGCUAAAUAAAUAAUUUAUUUGCGAUUC